AUGAGUGGAUAAGCUUAAUAAAACACAAAUGGAGAGUAUUGUACUCUUGCUGAAGAAUUGGUUAAUUAUCUAAAUAAACAGUAAACACAAAAAUAGCACUCUAGUGUGAACAUAAACUCAUUUAAUUUGCUCACAAUUAUUGGGUAAGGAAAUUAUGCUAAAGUUUCUUUGGUGAGAAAGAAAGAUGAUGGUCAAAUUUAUGCAUUAAAAACUUUGAAGAGAAAACAUAUAAAGCAUUAAGUUUAAAUGAACCAUAUAUUAACAGAAAGAAAUAUUCUUAAAGUAGUAGAUUCUUAGUAUAUUGUUAGAUGCAAAUAUGCAUUCUAAGAUAAAAAAAGAUUGUUUUUUGCUCUUGAAUUCUGUUAGGGAGGAGAACUAUUUACUUUGAUAAAAACCAAAGGGUUUUUAAACGAAAAUCCUGCUAAGUUUUAUGCAGCUUAGAUUGUAAAAGCUCUGGAGUACCUUCAUAGCCUAAAUAUAAUUUACAGAGAUUUAAAACCCGAAAAUGUAUUGAUUGAUCAAGAAGGAUAUAUAAAGCUAACAGACUUUGGUCUAUCAAAAAUACUUUAAAAUGAUAACGAAGUAGCUACUUCUGUUGCAGGAACUCCUGAAUAUUUAGCACCAGAAAUUCUAUCAGAAAAAGGACAUGGGAAAGCAAGUGAUUGGUGGACAUUAGGUAAUAUCAUUUAUGAAAUGGUUACAGGGCUGCCGCCUUUUUAUGAUCCAAACAGAGAAAAAUUAUUUGGAAACAUACUAACUUAGCCAGUCAAAUUCGAUCCUAGAAUUCAAGGGAAUUUGAAGGAUCUUCUGAGUGGCCUAUUACAAAAAGAUCCAAAUAAAAGGCUAGGAAGUAAAUAUGGCGCUCUAGAAAUCAUAAAUCAUCCUUGGUUUUCUGACCUAAAUUGGGAAUCAUUAAGACUCAGAAAAAUUAUUCCACCUUUCAAGCCUAAAGUUGAUAAUGAAAUCGAUGUGAGUUAUUUUUCUCCAGAUUUUCUUGAAAUGGAAUUUUCCCCAAAUGAUGAACCAGGCAGCUUAAGUUAACCAUCAAUUCAAGGUUUCAGUAUUUCAAAUACCUAAAAUAGUUCAGUGAUGGCCUCUUAUAUAAUUGAAAAUAAUAACUAUUAAAAUGUUGUAAACAAAGAGGAGUAAGAAUAAAUGGAAACAGAAAACGAUUAUUAAUUUGUCCAUGAAGCUCAAAACACAGCUUCAUACUAAUAAGUCAUAAAAGAAAUCGAAUCUCAAAUCGAUAGCCAAAAUGAUUUCGAAUUGAAAGAAUGA